AUGGCUUUUCCUGCUGCCCAUGUGCUCUCACAGAAAUUGGAUGAUGUGGACCCUCUGGUGACUACCAACUUUGGCAAGAUAAGAGGAAUUAAGAAAGAACUCAAUAAUGAAAUUUUGGGGCCUGUUAUUCAGUUUCUCGGGGUUCCGUAUGCAGCCCCACCAACCGGGGAACAUCGUUUCCAACCUCCAGAACCACCAUCUCCCUGGUCAGAUAUCAAGAAUGCCACUCAAUUUGCUCCUGUGUGUCCCCAGAAUAUCAUUGAUGGCAGAUUGCCAGAAGUCAUGCUUCCUAUAUGGUUUACUAAUAACUUGGAUGUGGUUUCAUCAUAUGUACAAGACCAGAGUGAAGACUGCCUGUAUUUAAACAUAUAUGUCCCGACUGAGGAUGUAAAAAGAAUAUCCAAGGAAUGUGCCAGAAAACCCGGCAAGAAAAUAUGUAGAAAAGGAGUUACUCUUCCAGAAGAAAAUGAGAUUUUGCAGAUUUUAUACUAA